AUGGCACCUUUUACUAACAAAAUUCUUGAAGCAUCUGCCAAUGCAACAGAAGCAGCUCUCAAAGCAGCCCAGGCAGCAAACAAUGUAUCUACAAUAAGUCCUGAAAGUUUGAAUGCAGCUGCUGCAGCCAUAGGUGAAUCAGCAAUCGUGUCAGGAAAAGCCCUCAGAGCCUUGUAUGCUGCACUGCAACAAACAUCUGUUCAAUCAAUUGAUGCAAAAACAUUAAAAGAUGCUUUAAUCGCAUUUGAAAUAGCAUCAAAUCUGGUUGCAAAAACCACACCAGAAGCGAAGACUGCAGUAGAUAAGGCAGCUGCUUCUAUCAAAGCAGCAACUCCAGAUGAAGCAGAGCAACUGGGGAAUGAAGCAAUUGCCUCAGCAAGAGAAUCCUUAAAAUCAGCUUACGGAGAUCUACAACAUCAGCAGCAGCCUCAGCUGCAGCCGCUGCAGCAUCAACUGCAGCCUGCUGCAGCAGCCUCUAUUUCCACUGCUGCAGGAGCAACAGCAUCUCCCAAAGCAGAGUUAGCCAUGAAAGCAGCAAGGGAAGCAGCUAAGGUAGCAGCCUUAGUGGCAAACGGAGAGAGAACACCAGAUGAGGCAGCACAAGCAGCACUGGAAGCGGCCAACAAAACUUUACUGGCAGUUGAGGCUGCAAAACUAGAAGCCUCUGAAGUACCUGCACCUUUGAAGAAUGUGGCUGCUGAACUUUUAACCAUUGCCUUACAAUUAGCACAGGCAGCUAAAGAGGCAGCACAAGCAGCACAACUAGCCACCACUGGGACAGAUGAAGCAAUUAAUGGAGCAGCUGAUGCAGAGACACAGGUCGCGCAAAGGUCUGCAGAGGCAGCUGAUUCUUUGGGUAGAAUAUUAAGUUCUCUGCCAGCUACAGAUGGAGCACGUGCAACAGAGCUUUCCAUCUCAGCAACACAAACAGUGGCACAAAUGAGUGAAGUAACCGCACUGGCAGCUAGAGCUGCAACAGGUGUCACACAAACAGACACAGCUGGCAUCAUGUUAGAGUCUGCAAAAGCAGCAGCUACAGCUGCAGAAGCCAGUGCAAUUGCAGCAGAAGUUGCACUUCCACGGUGGAACAUUACUGAUUCCACACCAACACCCACAACUCCAGCACCUGUAAUAACAACAGAUCAAUCAGCAGUAUCAACAUCUACCUCAGCAGCAGCUGCAGCCACUGCAUUAGCAGCAGCCACAGCUUCAGCAGCAGGAGCACCACAUCAGGAAGUAUUAGCGGCCGUGACCGCAGCUCAAGUUGCAGCUGACGCAGCCUCGGCUGUGGCAAAUGGAACUCAACCUUUGACAGUGGCUGCGAUAGCUGCCAGAAAUGCAGCUGAUGCUGCAGAGAGGGUUGUGAAUGCUGCAAGAGCAACUGUCACUACAUCUGAAGGAACAAAGUUAAUUGAGGUAGCAAACCAAGCAGCACUAUCAGCCAGGAGGGCAGCAGAAGCAGCAGCAAGAGCAAGUGUAGAUUCUGCAACACUAGAAGAGGUGAUUGAAACUGCAAACGCAGCCAGGACAGUGAGAGAAGCUGCAGCUACAACACUGGAGGUACUGGCAGGAUCCAUUCAAAGUCAGAAUGCUGAAAUACAAAGAAUAAAACAAGUCGCACAAAUUGUGGCAGAUAUGACAGAAGCAACAGCCAUUGCAUCAGAAACUGCAGCUAAUGCUGUAUUAGCAAACUCAAUUGAGCUAAAUACACCAACCACUAAAUCUGCAACCAGAGCAGCUCAGGCUGCAGCAAGGGCUUCGUAUGAAGCAUUACCAAGAACAUCAGAUAAUGGCAACAUGGGUACAUCUACACCAACAACUGAUGACCCUAAUGGAGGCACACAAAUAGCCUUGGCGAAAGCUCAGGAAGGUGCAGUGGUUGCAUCCGCAGCAGCAGCAGCAGCGGCAGCAGCUACAACCUCAGCAGCAGCAGCAUCUGUAGGACCAAGUGCUCAACCGGCAGCAGAAGCAGCUGCAGCAGCAGCCAAGGCUGCAGCCAGAGCCGCUGAACUCGUGGCUCUUGGAUUAGCUCCUUUAAACAUGGCUGUGGAUGCAGCAAGAGUUGCAUCGAAUGCAGCUCAAGAAGCAGCAAGUGCUGCCUUAAGAGCGGCCGACACAUUACCUCCUUCCCAGUCACUGAAAGUAGCAGAAAAAGCAGCCAUAGCUUACACCAGUGCCCAAGCGGCUAACACAGCUGCUGAAGCUGCAGCAAAAGCAGCAGCAAAUUCCCCAACAAGGGAGACACUGACAAAUUCUGCUGAUGCAGCGCGAUCUGUGUCUACAGCAUCAAUUCAAGGAGCUGCACAACUCCAGGACAUUAUAUCAAGUACACCAGCCUUAAAUUCAAGAGAUCAAGCCAUUCUUCAAGAUAUCAAGGCUGUGGCUCAAAUGGCCCAAGCUACAGGAGUAGCAGCUGAAAUUGUGUCAGAGACUGCACUGACAGGCUUAACAAAUGAAAACAUUGCAAAUAUGGUGGAUACACUAUCUUCAACAGCAUAUUCAGCAGCCCUGGCUGCUUCAGCGACCACUUCAGCAGCUGAGGCGGCUCUGCUGUCGAUAGCAUCUGCAAGUGCUGAUGGAACUAACAAUGGAGCCUCAACAACAACCACAACAACAGCGACGGGCAGUGGAGGCGGCCAGACAACAGCAGCAGCACCAGUCAACAAAAUGAGUCUCUUUUCUGUCACAAUAGCUCUUACUGCGCUUGUCCUUCUAUAAUCCAAAUGAUUUAAUAAUGUGUAUAUACAUGUAAAUUAUUUACAUUAUUUAUUAUUCUUUAUUUAUUGUGUGAAUGAGAACUAAAAUCCUUGAUGGAUGUUUUCAGAUGUGUUACUGUGAUUGAACAAGUAAAGAAAAUAAUACAGUAUAUAA